UGAAGGAGCAACAUCAAGUGCUGCUUUUUCAACUAAGAGGCCAGUAUUAAAGACCUGUAAUGUAUUCAAAGAACAACAUGCGGUCAUAUGUGUGCUGGAUAACUAAGUUAAGUUGGCUGCUGGUAGUCAUCUUGGUUUCUUUGCAACGUUCCACACAAGGAAUCCCUUCUUUUUCACCCAAUGAUUGUGAGCCUGGAAAUUCAGUGGAUCCCAGAGAGUGUGCGCAUGGCGCCUUCAACUUGAAUAUGAACCGUACAGAUUGCGAGCCUCGCAUGGUUUGUUAUAGGAAUAUAGGUGAGCCUUGCCUUGAGCUUGGCGCUAGCAGCAAUUGCUUGCCAUCUCUGGUUUGUAAUUGCUUAAAGUGUAGUGAAGUGCUGAGUGACUUAUGCCACAAAAAAUUGCCACCGAUAUUGAACAUGUCAAAACGUAGGAGACCAGUUUACUCGGAAUAUAUCUAUUAGAAUU